UUAUUAUCAACAAGGAAUUUGUAAUACAACGAUUCUUUUUGCAAUUCCAUGCUUUGUCUCCACAUGCACAAUAACAACAAUACACCUAAUUAUAUAGCAUACAACACAAUACUGAUGUCCUAUGAAGUUCAUGGCAGACCUCAGUUCGAGACAAGUGUUAUUAUGUGGUGGUCCUCAUUCUUAGCACUGGUCUUAGUACCAUAUCCUGUAUCAUUACUCGACUUAGAAUACCUAGAUCCAACAAAACUGCAGACAGUGACCCCGGCUCACGCCCAAAAACGGGCCGCGUUGCACAUCAUAAGACGGUACACAAAACAAGUAUCCGUCGAAGUCAACCAUGUCUGGUUUCGUAACGGCAAGGACUCCUUUAACAUAAAGACCGGUGACGGAUUCUUAUUCAUCAGAGCCAGUACCGGAGUAGCAGCUGUUUGGGGCUUCAACUAUUACCUCAAGAAAUACUGUAAGAGCCAAAUUGAGUGGCAGACCCAGCGCAUAAAUAUUCCAAAACUACUUCCCUACGCUGACGAAACAGUUACAGCAAAUGACCGAUUCCGCUACUACCAGAACACGUGCACCACGUCUUUUAGCUUCGUCUGGUGGAACGUCGGUGAUUGGAAGAAGCACAUAGAAUGGAUGGCGUUGAAUGGAAUCAAUCUCACAUUGGCCCCUGUAGCUCAAGAAGCUAUUUGGGCCCGGAUAUACCGUAAACUUGGCAUGACACAAAGAGAAAUAGACAAUCACUUCACUGGACCAGCAUUUUUAACUUGGUUGCGAGCUGGUAACAUCCGUGGCUGGGGCGGGCCACUGCCUCCCGCGUGGCAUAAACUACAAUUACAGAUACAACAAACAGUUAUAGACACUUUACUGAAUCUUGGCAUUAUCCCUAUAUUACCAGCGUUUAAUGGCCAUGUACCUGUGGAAUUUUCCAGGUUAUUUCCGAAUCAAACGUUUUACACUGUGCAACCAUGGAAUAACUUUGGUACCGACUACUGCUGCGGGUUGUUUGUUAGUCCGAUCAAUCACAUAUUUAAGAAACUUGGUAAGAUGUUUUUAGAAGAAUUGGGUAACAUUCCAGGCUGUCACAUAUACAUAUCAAAUCCGUUUAAUGAAGUUACUUUAACUGAGUUUGACACAGAGUUAGCGCUCGAGACAGCUGGAAGUAUUUUUGCAGCGCUGUAUGAGUUCGAUCAACGAGCAGUUUGGGUUGUGCAAAAUUCUAUGUUUGUAAACCAAAAGUGGCCAAAGGAAAGAGUUGAAGCCUUUUUAGACGCAGUGCCAAAUGGAAGAAUUCUUGUCCUUGACAUGGAAUCAGAGAGGUUACCAAAAUAUAACUCUUUUAACAUGUAUUAUGGUCAGCCGUUCAUCUGGUGCAUGCUACACAACUUCGGUGGUACGCUGGGCAUGUUCGGCAAUAUGGUCACUAUAAACAAGGACGUGUACGAAGUGCGGGCGCGAGCUAACAGCACCAUGAUCGGCAUCGGCCUCACUCCGGAAGGAAUCAAUCAGAACUAUGUAGUGUACGACCUGAUGCUGGAGUCUGCCUGGCGCAAUUCUCCCGUCGAGGACCUCAAUGCGUGGAUCGCUGACUACGCAGAAAGAAGAUAUGGGUGCAACGCCUCAGAAGCUUGGACAUUAUUACUUAAAAGUGUUUAUAGUUAUGAAGGAUUCGGCAAAAUAGAUGGCUCAUACAUUACGACCAAAAAGCCUAGUUUCAACUACAGCCCGUGGUCUUGGUAUAAUAGUAGUGAUUUAUUUCAAGCAUUGAAUAAAUUACUUUUCAUCAAGAACAGCACUUGUUUUUCUAAGGGAUAUCGCUACGAUGUAGUGGACUUGACGCGACAAGUUUUGCAAUAUAAAACCGAGCAGAUAUUUCUUAAACUGGUGGAACAGAGAAACACGAAUAACUUUGAAAAGACGGUUAAUUUAUUUUUGGACAUUUUUGACGAUAUGGCUAUGAUUCUGGCCACUGAUAUCAAUUUUGUGGCUGCAACUUGGUUUAAGAAGGCAAGAGAUAUAGGUACCGUAAGUGAGGAAGCAGAUUUGUUUGAGCACAAUGCUUGGAACCAGAUAACUACAUGGGGUCCUAAUGCGGAACGUAACGACUAUGCGUGUAAGCAAUGGUCGGAAAUGAUCGCGUUCUAUUACAGGCCUGGGUGGGCGAAAUUUUUGUAUGGAAUAAUGAGAGCAGUGAAUAGAGAGAAGGAACCACAACCACUGUUAGGUAAGGUGACACAGCGGCCAAUAUAUAACACAAAGAAUGUUUUGGCUCGUGGCAAGAGGAAGAAGCAUCCUUAUGGCUUGGCUAUUCGGUUAUACUACAAAUGGAUAUCGAUUCCUGGUCUUCGAGAUCUUCGUAUUGUAAGUGCUGAGAACCCGGUCGAUGGGAAAACCUUUGAUGUAGGAGAUUAUUAUGAACCUGAUUACGAAUUAAAUAAGUGAAGGAUCAGCAUACGAUGAUCAUAUCGACGGUUAAGAAGCUAAUUUGUUCUAAGAGAUAUACAUCAUUUGAUGGAGAAAGCUUCGGUGAUUCCGAAUAAUAUGUAUAUAAAUUAAUAUAAAAAAAAUGUCGCUUCGAUCAA